UGAAGAGUCCCACUACGAUAAUGAUGACAGUAUAUAGUCGCAAAUCGCAAUGAAUCAUUCACUCUCUGCGUUUACCGGUAAACACUACAUGAGUUGAUUUUCGGUAGUUGUAUUCUGAUUUAUUUGACUGGUUAGAUUUUAGACCGUUCUGUCUUUUUGUUGAUAAUUGACCGUUCUGCUGGUGAGAGUAAUACAGGCAAAUCUCAGAUUUCUUUAACUUCUGGUUCUGGAAUCAAAUUUCUGUAAGUUUUCUAUAAAAAAAGAAAGAAAAUUUCUGUGAUUCCAUGAUUUCCAUCUCUUUCUCUCUCAGACAAAAAAAAAAAAAAGAGUUCCGUGAUUGAAUUGGCCUAGGGAAGAAAGAAUAUUCAUAUUCGUGCGAAAGCAUAAAAUCCAUCGAUAUAGCGAAAAAAAAGUGCUUGCUUGCUGACAAAUAUACCGAACUCCGAAAGUUGAAUUUCUUAAACAAGUAAAGGAAUCAACUGUGGGGUGGUACUGACUGAGCGACAUUUUCGACCCCUCAUCUUCUGAAUCUCAGCCAAAAAGUAGUACUCUUUGGCUAUUCGGCCUGAUUUAUCAUGGUGGCUAUCGGAGCAACUCUCUCAACACUCAUUUUCUCGCCGGUUUCCCGCCGCCAAAUUUCGUCAGCUGCCGGAAAAUUUAAUAAGAGGCGGAUUUCAGCCCGAGGAUCAGUCCUAUCCUCCGAACAAUCUCCAACUGUCCUCUUUGGAAAUGGGAGUUUCGAGAAGAAAUUUGAUACUGAGAUACUUCCGAAUGCUUUCGACAACGUCGAUCUCGAAAGGUUGAGCGUCAAAGAUUACCUCGAAUGUUCCAAGGAUCUAAUCAAACCGGACGGCGGACCUCCUCGUUGGUUUUCACCUCUGGAGUGCGCCUCUCGAUUAGAGAACUCCCCUCUUCUCCUGUACUUACCCGAUAUAGAUGGCGUUGGACUUGGACUCAUUUUGCAUCACCAGAGAUUAGGCAGGAUAUUUGAUAUAUGGUGCUUGCAUAUCCCUGGGAUGGAUCGGACACCAUUUACAGGUCUGGUCCAACUUGUUGAAAGGACAGUUAAAUCAGAAAAUUCUCGUUCACCUAAUAGACCUAUAUAUCUUGUUGGAGAUUCUCUUGGAGCAUGCCUUGCACUAGCUGUUGCAGCUCUUAACCGUGAUAUUGAUCUUAUUCUAAUUUUGGCUAACCCAGCUACAUCAUUCAGCAGGUCACAACUCCAGCUUCUAGUUCCAUUCUUGGAAGUCAUGCCUGGACAACUCCAUGUUAACCUCCCUUAUAUACUAAGUUUGUUCGCAGGUAAUCCCUUGAGGAUGGCUAUGGCUAGUGUAGAAAAAGGGGUUCCUCUUCAACAAAUGGUUGGAGAACUAUCAGAAACUCUUGCUGCACUUCUACCUUCCCUCCAUGUAUUGGGCGAUAUUUUACCUAUAGAAUCACUUCUCUGGAAGCUAGAGAUGCUUAGAUCAGCAUCUUCUUUUGCUAAUUCUCGUCUCCAUGCUGUUAAAGCACAAACACUGAUUCUUGCCAGUGGAAGGGAUCAAUUGCUACCAAGUGGGAAGGAGGCUGAAAGGCUUUACCAUGCACUGCCAAAUUGCAAACUUCGUAAUUUCAGUGACAGCAGUCACUCCCUUUUCAUGGAAGAUGGUAUUGAUUUAGUGACUAUCAUCAAGGGUGCUAGUUUUUAUCGUCGUAAAAGACACAUUGACUAUGUUUCAGACUAUGUGCCACCAACUCCUUUUGAGUUCAAACAAGCAUAUGAAUCAUACAGAUGGCUUGAUAUAGCUGUUAGCCCUGUGAUGCUCUCAACUUUGGAGAAUGGGAAAAUUGUAAGGGGUCUUGCAGGGAUUCCUUGCAAAGGACCAGUUAUCAUUGUCGGAUAUCACAUGUUGCUGGGUUGGGAAUUGAGUUCGAUUAUAUCCAGGAUGCUGAUGGAAAGAAACAUUCUUGUGCGAGGGAUAGCACAUCCUUUGUUGUUUGGCAAGGCCUUUGAAGGAAUCCUUCCCGAUUCGUCAGCAAACGACAUAUACAGGAUUAUGGGUGCAGUUCCUGUCUCAGCCACAAACUUCUAUAAACUUCUGUCUACAAAAUCUCAUGUCCUACUGUACCCAGGGGGUAUUCGUGAGGCUCUUCAUAGGAAGGGCGAGGAAUACAAGUUAUUUUGGCCAGACCAGUCAGAGUUUGUUAGAAUGGCUGCUAAAUUUGGAGCCAAAAUUGUACCUUUUGGUGUUGUUGGAGAAGAUGAUGUUUGUGAAGUAUUUAUCGACUAUGAUGAUCUCAUGAAGAUCCCUUACUUUAAGGCCCAAAUAGAAGAACUAAAUAAGCAUGCUGUGAGGUUGAGGACUGAUGUUAGGGGAGAGGUUGCAAACCAAGACAUUCAUCUACCAAUAGUUUAUCCCAAACUACCAGGGCGUUUUUACUACUUGUUUGGAAAGCCAAUUGAAACAGAAGGGAGAAAACUGGAACUAAGAGACAGGGAGCGAGCUCACGAAUUGUAUCUAGAUGUAAAAUAUGAAGUUGAAAGAUGCAUUUCUUAUUUGAAGGAGAAGAGAGAGAAAGAUCCAUACAGGAAUCUGUUAUCCAGGCUAUUGUACCAAGCUACCCAUGGCUGUACAUCUGAGGUUCCCACAUUUGAGCUAUGACUAGUGAAUUUCAUUUUUCAUCUUCUUCACCUCGGGCAUAUUCUGAGAUUCGCCCUCAUUUUUUGCUACCAUAAACGUAGUUAAGAAUGAGUUUUACAUGCACUAUUAUAAUUUUAUCAAUCUAUGACGUGGUAAAUUGGGUUUA